GAGUCGUGUGGAACCACGCGAAGCUGAUUGGACCCGUCGGUCUGCUCCUGACAUUCCUCUCGGUGGUUACUGACCCAGUGAGUGACGACACUGAGUUCGAAGUGAAAGGUGGUCUGGAAGCACAAAUGUCUGUGGAAGUAUGGACUCGUUGGCUCUAUUGUCAGACUGCGACGGACGGCGUAGAAGUGCAGCUUGUGCGGAGAAAGUCAGGCAACAGCUGGGUGGUCAUCACUCCAGACUUGCAUCUGGGUCUGGUGACGAUUACUGCGGAGAAGACGAUCAUGUCAGAUGCUGUCCCUGGGAUCAGGUGGCGCCCUAUGCCAGCGCUCAAGGGUGCUCAGAAAAAGGUGUACCAGGCUCAGGUGGUCUCUGAGGAGUCUGGCUCGGUUCUUGGACUGAUUGCGGCGGUCUUCGUGCUCUCCGAGGGCAUGAUGGUGCUGGGGAGUGAUCGACUACAUGUUCGAUGCGUGGAUGGCCACGGUCGGUUACUGCAGCUCGGCCAAGGGUGCGUUUGUGGAAAGAUCGGGGAGUGUUCAAAGUGGAUGGUGUACCUCGGCGAGCGGAAGGAGUGGGCCCAACGGCUGAUACCGCUCCAGAGGUGGCUGGCGUUGGGUGUGUCGCUCGUCCUGAUCGUCGCUUGUAAUGCUCACGAGAUGUCUGAUCCGAAGCUGAGCGACCUCGUGACCUCCCAGAAGGCGAUGGCGGAGGAGAU